AUGUUGAGGAAGUAUAUUCAGGAUCCACUGUACGUGAUUGAUCAUUUUGGGAUUGUGGUUGACGAAGAUUUUAGCUAUGAAGAAAAACCGAUGCGUAUUAUCGAUAGACAAGUGAGACAAUUGAGAAACAAAGCAAUACCGAUGGUGAAAAUUGAAUGGAAAGAGCAUUACGGCAGGGAUGCUACACGGGAAAUGGAAGAAGGAAUGAAAGUCCGAUAUCCGGAGUUAUUCUUGAAUCGAGGAAAUCAUGUUUCAACUGUUCAAUCCGGCUUUGUUACAUGUCAUGACAACAGAGGGAUCCCACAUAAGUUAUUUCGACAAGUCUCUUUGGCUUCCAGUAGCUGUCCUCUAGAACUUGAUUGGUUAUAUACAUCUAACUCUGAGGAAGCAAAAGAAUUUCGUACCUAUGUUCAAACAUAUAACAAUUGCUUUGCUUUCACAUCUUUUGGAGUCAAAUAUGACAAGGAACUGUGUCGGAGAAAUAAAGGGAUCUAUACAUUCAGGAUACAAGGUCAAGUUUAUCACUUCAUUAAUGAGCUUACAUCUUCUGAUGAAAAUCUUAGUCAUCUACAGCUCUACUUUUAUGACACUGAUCAUGAAAUCCAAAAUAGAAUGAAAUCUUCAGAAAAGCUAAAUCCCGUUAUUCUUGAAAGGCUCAUAAAUAUUUCACAUCUAAAUCCAUAUUCAAUCUUCUUCAGGAGAUUAGAACACAUAGAUCAUUUGAACUCUGUACAAAUUAUUAUUAAAUCUGACGUAUCGUUAGAUCAGAGAGUCUACAAUCAACCUUCAGCCUCACAAGUCGCAGCAAUUUGGUCUGAAACUGAUGUCUUAACCAAAGAAAUCUCAAGAGAUAUUGUUGUUCAUCAAAUUUCUAGUCAUAGUGAAAAAGUUCAAUGGUAUUUUGGAUGUUAUGACCCAUUACAAUAUCCAUUGUUAUUUCCAUAUGGUGAAUCUGGAUGGCAUUAUGGUAUUGAUAGAGUUGACAAAAACCAAACAAAAAUCGCAUGCCAUCAACAAUCUAUUCUGAGUGUUCAUCAUGCUCCUACUGCUUCAGACCUUCUCAUAAAAGAAGCCCAAGUGUUUCAGAAACAAAAGAAUAAGAAAACUACCAUUUCUUGUCGUGAAUACUACUGCUACAAGCUUCAAAUACGACCCAAUGAUUCUUCAAUCUUACUCCGCUCUGGUCGUCUCUUUCAGCAGUAUUGUGUUGAUAUGUAUGUCAAGAUUGAAACAUCUAGACUUCAGUUCUUUCGAAAAAAACAAAGAGAAAUUAGGGUUGAUUUCUAUCAAGGAAUCAUAGACAGUGUCACAACAAGUGAAGGUAGAGGUUCAAAGAUUGGUCACAGGGUUAUCCUACCACCGUCAUUCAUAAGUAAUCCAAGAGAUCUUAGACGUCGAUAUGUUGAUGCAAUGGCUUUGGUCCAGCGAUUUGGCAAACCUGAUAUCUUUCUUACAAUGACUUGUAAUCCAACAUGGCCAGAGAUUAAAGCUGAGUUAGGACCUAAUGAGGAAGCUCAAAAUAGACCAGAUUUAACCUCUCGUGUUUUUAGAGCAAAAAUGGAACAACUGAAGGAUGACAUCAUAAAACAUCAAAUCUUUGGGAAAGUCAUUGCAUAUGUCUAUGUCAUUGAAUUUCAAAAGAGAGGUCUUCCACAUAUGCAUCUAUUAUUAAUUCUAGCACCUGGACAAAAGCCUUUAUCUCCUGAUACUUAUGAUUCAAUCGUAUCUGCUGAACUUCCUGAUAAAAAAAAAACAUCUUCAUUUGUUUUCUAUGGUGGUCAAACACAUAAUGCAUGGACCUUGUGGUGA